UUUCCCCAUCCGCCUCAUAGUCCCAGACUUCAGGGAUUUCUGUGCUAAAGGAAACUCCGGAUGCCUCCGCCGAGACACUGCUCACAGGUUUCCGUCCCUCCUCCCCCCGCGGUGCUCGCUUGGUGUUGUAGUUCCGGAGGAUUUCUUUCCACGCUCGCAUGCCCUCUGGAGCGCAGCCCUGCUCGUGAGGAAGAGUUCCCUGGUUUGUUGGUGAGCCCCAGCUGCCUUCCUGCAGUGAGGAUAAAGGGCCAUGGCAGAACGGGUGCUGGUGAUCGGCAGCGGGGGCAGGGAGCACGCCCUGGCCUGGAAGCUGGCCCAGUCCCCCCGCGUCAAACACGUGUUUGUGGCUCCAGGAAAUGCAGGCACGGCUGACAACGGGAAAAUCUCCAAUUCAGCUGUUCCAGUCAGUGACCACGCUGCUGUUGCCCAGUUCUGCAGGGACCAGGACGUCAGGCUCGUGGUGGUUGGUCCUGAGGUUCCUCUUGCUGCUGGAAUUGUGGAUGACUUGACAGCAGCUGGGAUCAAGUGCUUUGGCCCCACAGCAAAGGCAGCUCAGCUGGAGUCCAGUAAGAGCUUUACCAAAGCCUUUCUGGAUCGCCAUGAGAUCCCCACUGCCAGAUGGAAAUCCUUCACUGAUCCCAAAGCAGCAUGUGCCUUCAUCAACAGUGCCACCUUCCCUGCUUUGGUUGUCAAAGCCAGUGGCCUGGCAGCUGGCAAAGGAGUCAUCGUGGCUUCGAGCAAGGAGGAGGCCUGCAGAGCUGUCACUGAAAUCAUGCAGGAUAAGAGUUUUGGCACAGCUGGGGAAACUGUUGUUGUUGAAGAACUUCUUGAAGGAGAAGAAAUUUCUUGCCUGUGUUUCAGUGACGGUGUCACCAUUGCCCCCAUGCCCCCAGCCCAGGACCACAAGAGGCUGAUGGAUGGAGAUGAGGGCCCCAACACAGGAGGGAUGGGAGCUUAUUCCCCAGCUCCUCAGAUUUCUAAAGAUCUGCUGCAGAAGAUCAGGGAGACUGUUCUUCAGAAGACUGUGGAUGGCAUGAGGAAAGAAGGAGUCCCCUAUUUGGGUGUGCUUUAUGCUGGAUUAAUGCUCACCAAAGAUGGGCCUAAAGUUCUGGAGUUUAACUGCAGAUUUGGUGACCCAGAGUGUCAGGUGAUUCUGCCCCUGCUCAGGAGUGACCUGUACGAGGUCAUGCAGGCAGUGCUCAACAGGAGGUUGGCCAGCUCCAUGCCAGCCUGGAGAGAGGACAGUGCAGCUGUGACUGUGGUCAUGGCUAGUCAAGGCUACCCAGGGACUUAUCCCAAGGGCUUGGAAAUAACAGGGCUUGCCAAGGCCAAGCAGCUGGGGCUGGAGGUGUUCCACGCAGGCACAGCCCUGCAGGAUGGCAGGCUGGUGACCAGUGGGGGCAGAGUGCUCACAGUCACGGCCAUCAAGGAGGACCUGCCCGCGGCGCUGCAGGCGGCCAACCUGGGGGUGGCUGCCAUCCACUUCCAGGGAGCCAUCUUCAGGAGGGACAUUGGCCACCGGGCCAUAGCCUUCCUCAGGCAAUCCAGAGGCCUGACUUACAAGAACAGUGGGGUGGACAUUGAAGCAGGGAACACUUUGGUGCAGAAGAUCAAACCCUUUGCUGCAGCCACAUCAAGGUCAGGCUGCAAUGCAGAGCUUGGAGGGUUUGCUGGGCUCUUUGACCUGAAAGCAGCUGGUUACAGAGAUCCCAUCCUGGUGUCUGGAACCGACGGCGUCGGCACCAAACUCAAGAUUGCUCAGGAGUGCCAGAAACACGACACCAUCGGGCAGGACCUGGUGGCCAUGUGUGUCAAUGACAUCCUGGCCCAGGGAGCUGAGCCCCUCUUCUUCCUGGAUUAUUUUGCCUGCGGCAAACUCGACGUGGAAGUGGCUCAGGGCGUCAUUGCAGGAAUUGCUGAUGCCUGCAGGAAAGCUGGAUGUGCUCUUUUGGGAGGAGAAACGGCCGAGAUGCCGGGCAUGUAUCCCCCCGGCGAGUACGACCUGGCCGGCUUCGCUGUGGGGGCCGUGGAGAGAGGGCAGAUGCUGCCCAAGCUGGACAGGAUCACUGAGGGGGACGUGGUCAUUGGGGUGGCAUCUUCUGGGGUGCACAGCAACGGCUUCAGCCUCGUCAGGAAGAUCGUGGAAAAGUCCUCCCUGGAUUUCUCUUCCCGUGUCGGUGUCUCCGGGGAUCAGACUCUGGGAGAGCUCCUGUUAACCCCAACCAAGCUCUACAGCAAGACCCUGCUGCCUGUGCUGCGCUCGGGCCACGUCAAAGCCUACGCCCACAUCACCGGAGGGGGCCUGCUGGAAAACAUCCCCAGAGUCCUGCCAGAGUCCCUGGGUGUCGUUUUAGAUGCUCUCACCUGGAAGAUCCCUGAAAUCUUCUGCUGGCUCCACAAGGAAGGGAACCUCUCUGAGGAGGAGAUGGCUCGGACCUUCAACUGUGGGCUGGGGGCAGUGCUGGUGGUGCAGAAGGAGAUGGCCCAGCAGGUCCUCAGGGACAUCCAGGGACACGAGACCGCCUGGAUCAUUGGCAAAGUGGUGCCCCUGCAAAAAGGCUCUGACAACGUUAAAGUCCUCAAUCUGCAUCGGGCCCUGCAAGCAAACAGGUCCCUGUGUGUGCAGAGCCACAUCCAGGGCAAGAUCCAGACAGGCAAAAUGAAAGUUGCUGUCCUCAUCUCUGGAACAGGCACAAACCUGGAAGCCCUCAUCAACAGCACGAAGAAAGACACCAGCUAUGCACAGAUAGUUCUGGUUAUCUCCAACAAACCUGGCGUGGAGGGGCUGAGGAAAGCUGAGAGAGCUGGGAUUCCUACAAGGGUGCUGGAGCACACGAGGUACCAGAGCCGCACGGAGUUCGACAGCGCCGUGGACAAGGUGCUGGAGGAGUUCUCGGUGGAGCUGAUCUGCCUGGCCGGGUUCAUGCGCAUCCUCUCGGGGCCUUUUGUCAAGAAAUGGGAAGGGAAAAUCCUGAACAUCCACCCGUCCCUGCUGCCGUCCUUCAAGGGAGCGCACGCGCACAAGCUGGUGCUGGAGGCCGGGGUCAGGGUCACGGGCUGCACCGUGCACUUCGUGGCUGAGGAGGUGGAUGCCGGGGCCAUCAUCCAGGAGGCGGUGCCGGUGAAGCUGGGGGACACGGAGGCCACGCUGGCCGAGCGGGUGAAGGAGGCCGAGCACCGCGCCUUCCCCGCCGCGCUGCAGCUCGUGGCCAGCGGCGCCGUGCGCGUGGGCGAGGCGGGCAAGAUCUACUGGAAAUAGAGCCGGGCUCAGCAGGGCCUGGCACGGGCCAGCACGGGCUCAGCAGGGCCUGGCAUGGGCCAGCACGGGCUCUGCCCCUCACCUCCGCCUCGCACGGUUCAAGGUUCAAAUCCCAGGAAAGCCACCAGUGGGAAUUUGGGGGCCGUUCCCAGAGGGUGCAGCAGUGGUUCCUGUAAGUGCUUCCUAAUUUUAAUCGCUUCCUUGGCCAAUAUUUUGGUUCUCUCAGUCACUUUCCUGACAACCCCAGUGCAGCCAGGUGGGUCUGAGCGGCCCUGGGGUGGACUGGAGACAACACUGGAGACCCUUCCAUGUAAAAUCAGUCUGGCAGCUGGAAGCGUAGAAGCCUUUUUCACAUGGCUGUCUCCAGCAGAGGGAUUGACUUCCACUUUUGCCAGGUGGGGAAUAUGGUGAAUAUCCAGCUGUGAACAUCCAGCUGUUUGCCACCCAUCAGGGCUGUUCCCUAACAGGGACCCUCCUUGUGCUGGGAAGUGCUGCUGAGGAAACUGCAAUGGAAGAGACAGACAAAGGCAGAACCCUCCACUCUAAAAACCUCAUCAGCCCAGGAAGAACUGGCCUCCCCAAACACCAAUUAUUGGAUUUUUCUCUGUUUGCUGCCUGGUUUGAUGGUGGUGGAUCUCAUCUGGCCCAGACCCUUGACACACCCUGUCAUUUCCAAACCUGAACCUGCUGUCCAUCAGAUGCCAGCAGCAUUCAGUGUCUGCUGCCCCUUUUUUCCGCAGCAUUCCCAUGUGAAUUCCCAUAAAUUCCCCUCACAUUCAGGGGUUUAUUUUUUUACAUGAGUAGAAAGACCAGACACAAAACAUGUCCUUGGCUUGUGAAACAUUUCUCAGGAAUUCUGAAGUGCCUUUAUUCUUGAACCAGAGUUUUCACCUGGAAUAACACUGAGGGACACCCAGGAAUUAUGAACAUUCAGAAAACAGUUGGGGUUUUUGUGCAGCUCAACACUUGUGGUUUUUUUAAU